GCCAGCCCCCUUUCAUCAAUAAUCACCUAAAGUACCUACUUCUACUCUACUCCGUAUGCAGUGCAGUGUACGAACGAACAAACCAACCAAAACCAACCAACUAACCAACCACUCUCUCGCCUUAUCUCUCUCGCUACGAGUCCAAGCUCGAUGCGUGUCCCUUCUGGCUGUGUUUCCUCAGCCACACUCGCGUCCACGCCGUACGUAAAUUUACCAGAUAGAUGAAUGGUUACACAAACCUGCACAACGUAAGUGACACAAGCUACCUACCUAUGGUACAAGAAUUACGGCCGGGCUGGAGUUGGCUGGAUGAUUAUGUAAGUUCGUACUUCGUACUGUACUUCGUAAGUCGGAUUCUUCGGUUUGCUUGGGCUGCCAGCGGUUGGGUCGAAAGAAUUGGAUGGGAUGGGAGAUGGUGGGAGUUGAUUUGAUUUGAUUUGGUUGUUUGCCGAGAUGCUUUGCUUUGGAGGUGUGAGGUAAUGUGGAUUGGAUGAGUGGGUCAUUGAGGCUGGAAUGGAGAUGGAUCAAUCGCUGGGACGAUUCUUUGGCUUGGUUUGGAGUGAAGGGGAAGGGGGAAGAGGAGGGGGAGUGGGUGAGAGGAGGGGAGGAGGAGGGAGCAGGCUGCCAUUUAAGAUGGUGGGUUUGCCUCCAACCUCAACUUCGCUCUUGCUCUGACUCUCGCUUUGCUUGCUACCUGAGAAGUUCUCUCGAUUCUAUUACGGGGGAUCACAUUUCUGAUUUUUGUCUCAUCUUAAACUUGGAAGUCGGUCACAGCCAAAAAUCCACACUUCAACUACGAAUCUACGCCAUCAUCGACUUAUCUUAUCAUUUACACACCCAUACUCCCCCUCCACUCAAAUCAACUCAACCCCCCUCCCCCCGGAAGUCCGAGCAGUCUUGCCGUUCGUUCAAUACAAUACAAUACAAUACAAUACCUCCUUCCACUAUCAAACCCUCUCAACACCACACACCAAACCCCAAAAAUGCCACCACCCCUCCCCCUCACACCCCGCUAUAUCCCCAUCCCCAUCCCCACCACCACCACCCUCUCAAGCAAACUCAUCGCCUUAAUCACCACGCUCACCCUCAUCACAGCCCUCCUCACCACCUGCUUCUGCUACAUCUGUAUCAAACGCCGACGGGCUCGCAAUAGACGACUUAAAAGAGAGAAAGAAGAGACGGAGAAUAAUAAAAGGCUGAAGCCGAGGAUUAAUAGGUGGAAUGCGAGGUUUUAUGCGCCGGGGUUGGGUGAGGGUGAGGGUGAUGGGGAUUUGGGGAGAGGUGGGGAGGGGAGGGAGAGGUGGAUUGGGAAUGGGAAUGGGAAUGGGAAUGGGAAUGGGAAUGGGAAUGGGAAUGGGAAUGGGAAUGGGAAUGGGAAUGGGAAUGGGAAUGGGAAUGGGAAUGGGAAUGGGAAUGGGAAUGGGAAUGGAAAUGGAAAUGCGGGAUGGAGAGAAGGCUUAAAAGGAAGGGUUGAUAGAGGGGUGGUGGAGAGGUGGAAUAGGAGAGAACGGGAGAGGGAGUUUGAGGUUGAGAGGGAUGGGUUUUCGACUGUUAGGACUGCUGGUACUGGUACUGGCGGUGUUGGUGGUUUUGGUGGUUUUGGUGAAUUGAAAGAUAAAGAUAAAGAUAAAGAUGGGGCUGUGGUGCAAGAGAUGGAGAUGGAGAUGCAGAGGGUUGGGGAGGGCGUUGCGGGCGUGUAUUAUGAGACGGUUGUUGAGCUUGGGGAUGGAGAUGGGGUGGUGGAUGGGAAUUGGAAUGGGAAUGGGAGGGGUGGUGGAAGAGUGGGAGGAGUGGGUGUUGAUGGAAGAGGGGGUGGAUGUGUGAGGAAGCCGGAGAGGGCGUGGGUAAGGUGGGGGAGGAGAUGA